AUGCCAUCUGCUUCUACCUUCAAAGAGAGGUUUGUCAAAAACACUUCAAUAUUCCGUUUUAUCUCCUCGACCAGGAUACUCCAGGGAAUGACCAUGUCCCACUUGCAUGAAACCAAUUUUCAAGUGCAAGUGUUUUCCGAAGAUGGUGCAGAAGUAAUUUCGAACGUCGCUUGGGAAAACGGAACCGGGUUUAAAAAAUCCAGUGAAGAAGACCACGAGAACAACAAUCAAGAGCAACGCCGCAGAGAGUUGUCUCCCAUCUUUCUCCCAGUUUUAAGGUUCAUGAAAAUAGGCGGGCAGUGCUAUGGAGACCUUUCGCUCAAUGAAUCAGUGCUUCAUAGAUGCAUCUUUUCUCGUGUUUACUGUGCAGCGGUGGUGCUGGGGCAAUGGUUUGUAGCUAUGCAGGCUGUCACGAGUCUUUUCUGUGAAGGGUUUGCACAUCUGACCACAUUUUACUUCUUGUUGAUCUUGAGCAUUUGGUAUGUGCAAUCCGCAGUGGUAACAACAACAUGUCUAUUCAUUUUUCCCAAAAAGCCGAGAAGACCAUCUCGCUUUAGGAAAUUUGUCAAUAACUUGCUAGCGCAAUCAUCAAGCUUAAGAAUAUCAAAGAGGUCUAGAUUAGGUUUCCUAUUGGUUUUUGCAUGUGUCUUUUGUGCCUGUAAUGCUGUAUGCCUUGGUUUUGUUGACCUAUAUGCACGUAGUUCGGUGACCCGUUCUUGUCCCUGGAACGGAGUAUUUGUAUAUCGUAUAAUCCACUAUAUUUAUUGGGCCUUCAACGCCUUUUCGUGGGUUUUCCCAUUCUUGUUGUUUUAUGUCGCAUGUGAGAUUUUGGUCAACCUGUUUGCCACUUUAGAAAAGAAAAUUUCCGCAGAAUGCCAAAAUGAAUUAAGUAUUGCGACUUUGAGAAAGGAACAUUUACGACUUUGUGAAACAGUCUCUCUGGCAGACAGAGUCUUCUCCCCAAUCCUUUUGACGACAGUUGCCAUGGAUAUUCCUUUGCUAUGCAUUAAUUUUCAUCAGGGGGUUAAAUCGCACUCUUUAACUAAAGAUGACAUCACAUUUGUGAUAAGUGUUCUGUAUUGGUGGAUUGGCACAGCGACAAAGUUGACUUUAAUUAUGGUUUGUGGCGUUAGAGUUAACCAGAAGAUUCAUGGCUUUUACAACACUUUGCAAUUUUCCAACGUCUCGGAACCCAACGAACAUUUCGAGCUGCUGCAUUUUCUGAUGCACCUUCGUGGGGACUCAAUUGGAAUGUCCAUAGGGGGUUUGGCAGUGAUAUCAAAGUCUCUCGCACUAUCGCUUGUGGGUGUAAUCAUCUCAUAUAUUGCCGUGUUAGUUACUCUGCCAAGUUGAAAUGAUGGGCCAAGGAAAAUAAAUAGCGCAAGAAGUACAGAAGAAUUGUAGUUUCUCAGAGUAUUGAGGAUAAUUCUAAUAAUUAUUUUAUUAAUUAUUACGUAAUUAUGAAACCAAGCUUCACUAGUUGUUUUAAUUUGUUGUCGCUAUCAAUAGUUGCAAAAUCGAGAAUCGCGCAAGGAGCCAGAUAACGACGCCUUCUUUUCUUAUAGACGAAGGGAGAAAAUCUACGGAAUACAAAGUUAUGAAGGAAAGUAAGACAAGUACAGAAACGAUUCAGAGCGAUAAUUGAAACGAAAGUGGAAGAAAAUGGUUAAAACAGAGAUAAACUCGUGUCAUACCAAAAACAAAACUGAAGCAGUAUCACAUAUCGCGAUUAAAACUAACCAAAACUAAUGAAAACUAACCAAAAAAGUAAAAGUAUCUAUACAGAAUAGAUUGACAAAACUGGCAUGGUGAUUUAAGAGCCAGCAUAAACUGUAAAUAAAUGUGAUCUAAACCUACAUAUGCUGCUCUGUUGGGAAGAACUGAAAGAUUGCUCGAAGACGAGGGUAGUCAUGAGCCAUUUGACCUUUAACUACAGACCUACACUUU